AUGGGGAAGGCGCCUGAACCUCCGCCCUCGUCGCAUGAGGACAACGACCUCCUGGGCGAAACCUCUGAGGAAUUGCAGCAGGCAUUGCAAUACCGCGAUGAUGUUAUUACCGCUGGCGGCUUGGACAGCAAGGAUAAGUGGGCGCCUGCUACUCUUGAUGGUGCCAGCCUGCUUUUCAGCCGAUACGCUCUCAGGAACACGCCACUGAUCAGGCUCUGGGAUUGCAUAUUUUUGGAGUUAGUUCCCUGUCCUCUCUUUUUAAUUCCUUUCUAUUGCACCGUCGGCUCGAACUUCCCUUCUAGCAUCGCCGCGUCCCCUUCUAAGGACUCUGAGUCUACAUUUAUGAAAUGUGACGAAGGGCGGCUGGCCAACUACGUACGCUCUUUGCGGUCAAUGACUGGAGGCAUCGCCAUACUUUCCGGUUCCGCCGCCUCCCUCCUCUGCAUUCCGGGCAUUUUCAACAGCUUCACCAAGUCAAAUCAGCUCACAGUAUGGCAAACUCCAGAAAUGGCCAAGGUACUGUUCCAUUUGGGAGUAAUUGGCCUCAGAAAUUAUGUUGCAGGGUUUUUUGUCAGGGAGUCAGUCAGCCGAUACAGUCGAAAAUGCCAGUCUAGGGAAGUACUUGAGAAGAACUAG